AACUAAAGCCAUUCACAUCCAACAAGUACUCUAUUUCCUACAUCAAAUUCAGAAUCAACCAGAACACCAUUCAAAGUCAGUCACCCCUCUUGUUUCGAGGAAACUUUCGAUAUGGGAAUCCGUUUGCCAUCAAUUCUUCUUAAUGCCAAGCAGAUUCUGAAAAUGCAAGCUCUAUCUGCAAGAAAUCAAUCUGAUGUUCCCAAAGGCCACAUUGCAGUCUAUGUGGGAGAGAUUGAAAGGAAGAGAUUUGUGGUACCUAUAUCAUACUUGAAGCAUCAUUCUUUCGUAGAUCUGCUCAAUAGAUCAGAAGAGGAAUUUGGAUUUCGCCAUCCAAUGGGCGGCUUGACGAUUCCAUGCAGAGAAGAUGCUUUCAUAAAUCUCACUGCUAGGCUGCAUAGAUUAUGAAAGUUGGAAGAACAAAAAUGAAAUGUUCUUGAUCACAGUUUUGCCACCUCCAGAUUUAGGAAGUAGA